GCCAGUCAAAGCGAGAAGUAGGACGGGGUGGGAAGCUUGCCGCGCGCCACCAUCACCACACUCACACCUCAACACACAACAGUACAUUUCACCCACUUCCCCUGCACCCACACCUCCCAAAAUCCACACACACGCACAUAACACUCCUAUCUAACUCUACAUGGAGCGUCAUAGCAGUGGGAGUGGUUAUAAGCGAGAUAUUGAGGAUUUUAAUUGAGCGUGGACAAAGGGAAGUGGACAGAGACAAAACAGACGAUGCAGUGAAGAUGACAAGAACAGGAGGAAGAGGCGAGGGUGGCGGAGGAGGAGGAGGAGGUGGGAGCAGCAGUUCUAGCAGUGUUGGAGGAGGUGGAGGAGGAGGAGCACCGCGGCCUCUAAAUGCGGUGCAGCUGGAGCAUCCCUCACACACAGGCACGCUCCUAUACGGCCUCAAUGCUCUCCGCUGUAAAGGCCUACUGCUGGAUGUCACGCUGCUGGCUGGCGGGCAGGCGUUCACGGCACACCGCGUGGUUCUGGCGUCUUGUAGUGACUACUUCCGCGCCAUGUUCACGGACGAGAUGCGUGAGCGUGGCCAGGCUGAGAUCCGUCUGAACGGUGUGAGCGCCGCGGGGCUGCACUGCCUGCUGGAGUACGCCUACACCAGCAGACUGUCCCUCAACCUGGCCAACGUGCAGGACGUGCUGGCCGCCGCGGCACACGUGCAGGUCCUCACCGUGGUGGAGGCGUGCUCCAACUACCUACAGGCACAGCUGGACCUGGACAACUGUGUGGACGUGGCCACCAUCGCCGAGACGUACUCCCUGCACGGCCUGCGGCGCCGCGUCUACGCCUUCAUGAGCUCACACCUGCACAAGCUUGGCAAGAUGGCGGACUUCCAGCGGCUGACGGUGGUGCAGCUGCUGCACCUGCUGUCCUGUGACUACCCCGUGGACUGCAGCGAGGGCCAGGUGCUGCUCACCGUGGCUGGCUGGCUGGCACACUGCCCUGUUGAGCGUGCGCGCCACGCCCCGGCACUCCUGCGCGCCCUCAACCUGCACGAGGUGCCCACUCCCGUGCUGGAACACGCGGCGCGCCUGCCUGGCCUCGCCGAGCCCCUGCGUGCCGUGCAGCGGGCCUUGGGGGUGGGGCGCGGGCCCCCGGCGCCGCCCACGGGCCUGGUGAACUCCCGCGGGCUGGAGCUGGCGGUGGUGAAGGUGGGCGGGUUCAGCAUCGGCGGCAUCACCAACGAGAUCACGUACUACCUGCCCUCCGCGGGACGGUGGCGCCACCUCACCACCAUCCCGCACGUGGAGCAGUGCAACUACGGCACGGCGGUGCUGGCCAACCAGCUGUACGUCAUCGGCGGCUGCUUCAACCAGGCCCUGCAGGAGAACAUCCAUCCCUUCGGCUUCCGCUACAACCCGCACCACAACAAGUGGACCACCAUGGCGCCCAUGCACCGCGAACGAUGCCGCUUCUCCCUCACCGUGCUGGCCGGUCUCCUGUAUGCUGUGGGCGGCGCCAGCGAGGCGGCGGACGACGGCGCCGCGGAGGACGACAGCCUGUGCGAGGCGUACAACCCUGCCACGGAUACCUGGACGUCUAUGGCGGGGCUGCCCGGGGCGCGGGCGCAACACGGCGCUGCAGCGCUGGAGGGUUGUGUACGUGGCAGGGGCUUGGAGGGGGAGCGCGUGCUGGCCUCCUGUUACGCCUACAGCCCCGCCGCCGCCGCCUGGCUGCCCCGCGCCCCCAUGCUCACGCCGCGGGCAGACCACGCCUGCGUGACGCACGCUGGGCGCCUGUACGUGUGUGGCGGGUGGUACGAGGAGGAGGCGGGCAACACGCGCGUGCUGGCUGACACCGUGGACUGUUAUGACCCCCGCACUGACACGUGGAGUGUGGUGACGCGCGUGCCCACGCCCCGCUACCAUGCCGGCAUCCUGGUGGUGGGCGGCAGACUGUACGUGGUGGGCGGCUUCCACUCUGACGCCACCUUUGACCGCGCCACGGGCGUCAUCGAGUGCUACGACCUGGAGGCAGGGCGCUGGGGCACCGAGCAGCCCUACCCGCAGGACAUCUGGGAACACGUGUGUGUGCCCCUCUACGUGCCGCGCUGCAGGGACGACAUGGACGUGCUGGCUGAGGCCAAGUAGCACACACACACACACACACACACACACACACACACACACACACACACACACACACUGCAGCCUUCAUUGUGCAUUAUGGAUGCCUCAAGCAAGAUGAGUGCCGUGCAGAGAGAGAGAGAGGUGGGGGGAGGGUCGGAGGGAUGGGUGUGGCGUGGGAGUAUUUAUAGUAGCAGUAGCACACACAACAAAGCAGCGAACACUGGGCGUGGUGAGUGGUGAGCGGUGAGUGGUGAGGGGUGCAGCCUGUGAUAUGUUGUUAGUUAGUGGGGCACUCAUCACCACGGACAGUGCCACACCACCACACCACCACACCACACCGUCAAUCUUGAGCGGGCGUGACUUCACCUCGCCAGUCACAACACACAAACUUGUCGCCAGCAAUGAAAAGGAAGAAAAACAUGAGAGAGAGAAAACUAUGAUAAACAACAAAUAUAAAC